GAGAAUCACCGUCUCAAAACCCAUCUCAAAAUUUUGAAAUUCAAAAUCGAAGACUACAUCGAACUUCGAAGCGUUCCUUCAGUUGAUCGCAUCCAUCGUUCCACUUGUUGUGCAAAAGGAGGAGUAGGAGCGAUCUGAGCAGAAUGAUGGAUGUUUCCGAAGAGAAUAUCGGGAACGAAAGUUCGGUUGCUUCGACACGAAAGCGUCGACACCUGGAUUCCUGCAACGGAGACAAUACAUCGACAGUUGGCGUUUUGCCAGCUAACCCUCUGGCUUCGUCGUUAGAGACGCUGGAAAGAGCGCAGAGCCCCAACUUCGAGGAGUUGGCGAGGCAAUAUCCUAGGUUCCGGGAGGCUUGGACCGCAACGAAARACGCUCAGAGGGGCCGCGGACAAGCAGCAUUUUCGUCGUGUGUUACCCAGGAAUUCACCGUCGAACUGACACGGGCAAUCUUGCAAGCAUUGUUUCGACUGAAAUUACCGUAUUUAGACGAGCAGCAUUUGUGUCCUCCCAUUCCCAAUCGUUUCUUUUAUCUGCACUGGAUUCACACGAAAUUAAUUUCGUCGAGCAGGGCAAGAGGAUUUUCACCACUCGAUGUCAAUCGUAACAACAACAGCCGGGGACUCGACAUUGGUUCGGGUGCGUCGUGUAUUUACGCUUUGUUGGCGGCCCGRUACUUUCGUUCUAAGAUGCUGACAAGCGAAAUCGACCCACAGUCUGUAUCGCUGGCGUGUGCCAAUGUAAAAGCCAAUCAUCUGUCGAGCAUGAUCACGGUGUUGCAAGUACCACAUUCGCAGUCGCAACAAGAGGAGCAUGCUCGGCAUCAGCCACCAAACAGUGUGUCUGUUGGCGGACCACUUCAAUGCGCUGUUGGUGAAUGGUUCCAGUUUCAACAGCAGAAAAAUAAUCAGCAUCAAAAGCUAGAGCCUAAUCCCUGUCGUCUGGUCCUGGACUUUGUUAUGACCAACCCUCCCUUUUACGAUCCGAGUUCGAUGGAGCUCUCCACUGCCAGGGUGGGUGACGGUCGUGCACGAACCAACAUGACGGUAUCAGAGGGGAACUAUCCCGGUGGAGAAGUAGGUUUUGUGACAGAAAUGAUUGAGGACUCGUUGCGMAUGUCCAUUGGUGACAAGGAAUCUCGGCACUUUACCGCUGCUUGGUAUUCUUCCAUGCUGGGCAAAAAGACCUCACUUGUCAAGCUUCAAAAGUUGCUGGUCCAUUUGUUUGGCCCAGCGAACGUCGAGACGGCAGAGUACGGCCCCGGUCAUUACACAAGAUGGUUUUUGGCAUGGACGCUGGAGCAACCACCGGUGGCGGCCAUUGCGGCGCGAUGUGCUCCCAACGCCAGCGACAGCUUCGAGGUUCUCGUAGCAGCACCGCCUUCGGAUUCGUUUCGGAUGAACGGGGUGGCGAACGUUUGGAAUCUGCAGAAGAUCGCGACGAAGGAGGUUGUGGAUCGGAUCUCGGCAUUCUGCGACUCUUCUCCGGGAGGUUGGGAUUUGACAACAACGGUUCUUGGCGCCGAUCGUAAAUCCCCGGUGGUGGUCGUUCGAAUGACAGAAAACAUGCCACCAGCCGUGACCAAUUUUGUCGACGAGGGGCAAAGGGGAGUCGAGAUUCCCGAAUCCAUCCUUCGGAUUCUCCGGCGCCGCAGCAGCAAUGCAGAGUUUCUGCCCGCAGAGGGCCACUUUUUGGUAGAGGCCGAGAUCCGUACGAUGAACGCCAGAGAUUCCCGCCCUCCGUCGAACGUUGUGGUCCAGGUGCAGCUGUCGUGCUACCGCCAUUCCGCGCGGGGUGCCAAGGCGAUCGAAAAGAUACGGAACAGCCUGGGCGGGGAAGUCUGCCGGACGAACCGAAAGUGGCGAAAGAUCCGCCAGCGGCAACACCAAGCGUCUUGAACCUACGAAUGCAGAUACCAUUAUAUUACAGGGUACAGACUAAAACGGUGACCAAAAC